ACUGAGUUCUUUACCAUUUUUUAGUCCAAUAUGGCGCUCUAGAGCUGUCACGUCGUUGCACGUCGUAACAACAUUUGUUUUAUAUAAAAGCUGCGCAAUCUGUACUUAAGAAAUAGUAGUCCACAGGCACGUAGUUUGCAUGAAGAAACAGCGUGGAGUUCUUAAAAUUAGAUUUAGAUGUCUAAUUAAAACAUAAUUACGAUACAAAAAUCGACGUACAUGUGUGGCGUGCAUACCAUGUCAAAAAAGAAAGGAGUUUCUCUUGAUGAAAAACGUACGAGAAUGUUGCAAAUAUUUUAUGAGAAGAAAGAAUUUUUCACAUUAAAGGAGCUUGAAAAGAUCGCGCCAAAGGAAAAAAACAUUGUAGUACAAGCUGUCAAAGAUGUAUUACAAGCUUUAGUGGAUGAUGGUUUAGUAAGAUCUGAAAAAAUUGGUACUUCUAUAUAUUUCUGGAGAUUCCCAGGAGAAAAUAUUACUACAACAGAGCGUAGAAUAGCUAAUACAAGCAAGAAAUUAGUAGAAGUAGAAUUUAAAUUGGAGAAACUAAAAGAAGAGAUAGAGAAAGAAAAGAAACUGAAGAAUGAUACAGAAGAAAAGAGAAAGCUAUUGGAAGAAGUAGAACAAUUAAAGAAAGAAGAACAAGAGAUACAGAAACAAAUUGCAAAAUUCAGCAGCAUUGAUCCAGAAGUAAUUGCAGAAAUGGAUAAAAAAACUAAGAAAUACAAAGAGGUGACCAACAUAUGGACGGACAACAUUUUUGCUAUACAAAGUUGGUGCAAAAAUAAAUUUAGCAUUUCGGAGCAAGAUCUUAAUAAACAAUUUAACAUUCCUGAGGACUUAGACUACAAAGAAUGAAUCAGUUUGUUAGCUCAUGUAACUGGUUGUCAAUAAAUUAAAUAAAUUAUUUUUUUCUACA